CACGUUUUCAGUUUCUAUGAUUACGUCAGAGGUUGACAUCGAUUGGCGAGAUGAACUCACGUCAAAAAUUGCAAUGUAGUUGAUCUUCACAAAUGAGUAACUGUCUGUGGAUUGUGAUCAAUGGAGGAAACCAAGAAAAAAUUGUUUAGUCGACGGAAUAUUACUGAGACUUCUAUGGAAAAUCGUCCUCUCAGUCUUGAGAAAAAUAACCCCUCUUCAACUAAUGGAAGUUCGCAACCGGAAGAGAAUGAAAAAAUCAUAAACAUUAGCUUGUCAGGCAAUCGUCAGAAUCCUAGCAAUGGAAGUAGAAGUAAAUUCCAAAUUCCCAACCAACCUUGCCAGACCACAAUUAACCUCUACAUCAACGACCCCCACAUUAUGCAAAAGAGCUGGGACAAGUACCGGAGGGCACCACCAAGGAGGAAGAUGAGGAAUGAAAUCGUCCUGGGGAAAAGCAUCCCCGACCACACCCUGAUGAAGAACUUGCUCGGUGAUCUCGGCAUCAAGAAGUAUUCCUCCGCACCAAACAUGACCAACAAAUAUAUAAAGCCCCAAAGGAUGAACCCGACUAAAGAGAGAUUCCCCAGCGAAAGAUCAUUUACGGAUUCUACCGAAGUUAUGAUCAACGAAGAGGCGUAUAGAAAUUUCGAAAAAACGAAUGCAGAGAAAGAAGCAACGCUUCUGUAUGUGAACGAGAGGAAGAGUGGGGGGGAUUUUAUGAAGAACAGUAUUGAGAUGAUCAAUGAAGAAGAAGAAGAGGAAAGAGAGGCUGUAGCAGAAGAGGACAACAACUGUCCAGUCCAUUGUGAUAAUAAUUCGGCAGUAAAAAAGUUGGAAUAUUAUAAUGUGAAAGAAGAGGACAGAGCUUGCUUGAAAGACCCGAUGAAACGUUUCAGGAGAAAACCUUUCAGGACAUUCCAAAUGAACAAAAAUCCAGCAAUACUUUAUCGCGACAUAAACGCCUCGAAACAAGUGCAAAAUGAGAGGGAACAGCCAAGAAGAAUGCUGCCAAGUUUUCAUCUGCGUACACGAAUGGUCAGGGAUUUCUUGGACAUAAAUCCAGAACAAUACCACUCUUAUCAGUCUGGGUUAAUGAAGAACCACAAAAGGUUGUUCGAUUCUUUGCGACAUAAGAAUUUUCAGUGUAUUAUGGAAGAAAAUAGUUAUGCGGAAAAGGAUGCGUAUCUUUUCGCUGAUUGCCGGAUACUUACUUUUUAUCUAUUUUCCGAAUUUCUUCUGAUACAAUUGAAAAUUCUUGCUUUAUUUCACACUCUACAGUUACCUAGGAGGAAUAAGAGUGGAAAAAUUGACCAAAUCGACGUGAAGCAAUCAAAACUUAUCUUGUGCGGAAAAAACAGGAGACCAAUCUGUUCAUCUGAAAGCCAUGGAUCGUAUGAAGAGUACAGAAAAAAUCUCGUUAAAGCUCCUGAUGGUUCACUGUGUUGUAGAAAUGUAGACUUUCGAGAUGAAGAUGAGGAUAUCUGGAGCAGAGCAGAAACUAGGAACAUGAUUACUUCCGAAUUUGUGAAGGAUAAGGUGAAGAAAUUCGACAAGCUCAUCAAUAAGAAUUCUGCUGGUCCAAAGGAUUCCCAGAAACUUGGCAGUAGGGAUGAGAAGAUUCUGAUGUACAAGUAUGAAACGGCAGAACAUCCUUUUCAAGGUAUUGAAAGUCUACCAAUUAAUUUUAACUUAACUACUAAACUACUUUCCACGCACAAAAUCGGCGGAUUCCUUCAUUCAUUACACAGCUCAACCUAG